CAUCGCCCUGUCGCACGCAGCUACAUAUCUGCAGCUGUCUGUCCGUACGAUAGGCACUGAAAGCUCAGCCUCCGUAUCGUUCAAUGAAAAGGGAAGGAAUGGACUCACUCAUAUCCCCACCGCCCACCCACCCAAUCCCCCACCCACUUCUUCUUGUUCGCAACUUCAGGAAUGAUAUUUGAUCGCGAGCGUGACGGAGAUGAUGUCGGAAAUUACAACAGCAACAGAAAUAGCAGCACUUGAUCAGGUCGUUGUGGAGGGCGAUGGCGGGAGCCAGUAUCUGGAACUGCGCGACCAUCCUGGGGAUUACGGCCCAUACCCAUUUAAUCCACACACGGCUUUCCAGAGACUGAGGCCCACAGAGCUGGAUGAGCUGCGCGAGGAAGUGGAGGAAGAGGCUGUGGAGGAUACUACUGGAAAUCCAGCUGCGGCUGGCUUUCGACCAUUGUCGGACCACUCGGAUGAGAAAGAAGUCAUCUUCGAAAGCCUCGUAGGAACGGCUGAAGUCAUCAGUGUGGGAAUCGUCCAGCGGGAGCCAGAUUCGCCCUACAGCUCGCUUGAACACUGGCAGAGCUAUAGUCAACUGCCGACCAUACCACAAAUCUCGAUCGAUGCGAACGGAAACUACCCGCAAUCUACUCGGCCCGAAAAUCCUUUCGAAGCUCAAUACGAGGAGGAAGAUGUCUAUGACGACGAACAACUCUCGCCGUCGCAUCGCUCUAGUUUACGACGGCUUCUUUCGCGGGGUAACUCGAGAUCUUCGGCUUUCGGCAUCUCUAGAAAUAGCUCGAGAUCGUCUACUUUCGGCCUCUCCAGAAACAGUUCCAGAUCAUCUACAUUCGGCAUAUCUAGGAAUAGCUCGAGGUCUUCGUCAUCUGGCACCGGUUCUCCGAGUGGACCGUCCAGAAACUCCUCUUUCCGCACCGAUUCGUCUCCCCAGUCCCAUCUCACUACGCCAAGUAGUCUCACGAGCCGUUGGAGUUUCCGUCGUAGCCCACGUCAACGAGCUGCGGAUAUCGAAGAGGAAGGAUAUGCGGCGCAAGGGUUGUCGGGUACGGCUGAGCUUGACUCGGGCCCAGAAACUGAACAGUUCGAAUUGAGCUCCUCAACUGGCGAGGAACGACUGCAUUCGCUCGAGCGACGGGAGGUGUUACUGAAACGGAAGCCUUACCGACAGCCAGGACCAGACAAAAAGAUUCUCGAGAGUCUGUGUGGGUUACAGCUGUGUAGUCCCCAAUACCUUGGACUGCGCAAAGUCUACAUUGCGCAGGUCGAGAAGAAGCUUACCACAGCCCUAUACCACUCCGCUAUUGCCAAUCCCAACCCGACCAUGUGGCCACAACCAUUGGCAUACUUCGCCGACCACUUGAGAAUGGUCACUCGAAGUCUGACUUCCGAGGCCUCCGUUACGACCUUCGUGCUUGCCCACAUGGAUCACUUCGCCGGCAUGAUCCGAAAGGGCAGCUUCGAUCCUGCCCUCGGAGCGGGCGGCACGAGUGACGACGAAAAGGCAAAUACCGCAGUGGCGCUGGGGUGCGAGGUCGACAAUUUCUCUUCGUGGCACCAAAAGAUCGUGCACGAGUGGCUGCUGUUUUCGCUCGAGGCGUGGACCAUGCUUGACUUCUCGCGGUCAAUCGAGGACCGCAAUGACCUGCCGACGUCACAGACAUUCUGUGACUCGACAAUCGCAGACCUGACGAGACCUCAUCUUCCAGCUCUCAACACAUCUCACUACGCCGUGACCGGUGGAAUGCCCGCUACCAUCGUGCCUUCCGAGCUCACGGCGAGUAUGCUGCACGACUGGAAGGGCAUCAGGUUCAAAUGGACCGACAAGAUCACGGACCAUUUGCAGCUCGACUCGCAAGCGAAGGUGGUGCAGCUCUACGCAAACGUGGCGUACUGCCACCUGCACGCGAUCGCCAAGGAGAACUCGUCGCUGCAUAAAGCAGGCUUUACGCAGCAGCACCAAGCCCUGGUCGAGAUAUCGGAUACGUACCGACUUCUCUUCGGCGGCGACCGGCGGUCGCAAUGUUACUUCCAGGAACUCGAGUCGUCGAACCCAACCGACGGGUUCUUUGACAUCUUCACACUGCCCAAAGGCGACUGCGAGCCGCGGUUCCUCUACAACGUCGGCAGUGACUUCCCCGUGUUUGGCGACCGCCUGCUGGUACUAAAGACGCUGCUCAAGCCCAACGGCAUACGCGGGCUGUGGAAAGAUAAGAGGGACAGUCUCCAGUGGUAUACUUUCUGGGCCGUGGUGUGUCUCGGCUGCUUCGGGGCUAUCGUGGCGGUUCUGCAGUUGGCGCUGAGCGCCGUGCAGGCGUGGGCCAGCGUUAAGUCUUUGCACGCUUGAUGCGAUUCGACAGUGGGUACAUGGCGUUUUUCUUUUGGGGGGUUUUUUUUCUUGGAGUUUUUGCUUGGAAGCCUUACUGGCUUGCUUCUUGGUUGGGAUUUGAUAGUAGCCAUGUGGGAGCGGUUGAUACUGUGUUUUGGAGCUGCAGUGGCCAUAGUUACAGAUCAGAUGUAUAUACGUGCGAACAAGGCAUUCCGUUACCUAUGUGGAUUCACAACUGAGAA